AUGGCUCUUCGCACCGCCCUCGCCGCGGCCUUGGCCAUCUCUCCUCUCCUGGGCAACGUCGCUGCCCACGGUACUCACACCGCAGAGGACAUCGCUGCUGAGCUCGCCCUCCGCUCCAAGGUGACCGCCGUCGGAAAGCGUGCCCUCGAUGCCUGCUCCAACUCCCCCGCCGCCUUGGCUCUCAAGCAGCGCGCCCUCGACCGCCGCGCCGCCACCGCCGAGCGUCUCCGUGCCGAGCGCGGCCUCCACGGCCAGAAGAUGAUGAAGCGCGCCCAGGCCGACCUCGAGAAGUGGGCCGCCAUCGACCACGCCUCGGAGGCCGGCUACACCCUGGACACUCCCCUGGACGAGAUCUUCGGAUCCAACGCCACCUGCACCCUCGUCCCCGAGACCACCAUCGGCCCGUACUACGUCGAGGGUGAGCUCAUCCGCACCGACAUCACCGACGGCCAGGGCGGCGUCCCCGUCCACCUGGACAUCCAGUUCAUCGACAUCAACGGCUGCGGCGCCGUCCCCGAGCAGCUCAUCGACGCCUGGCACUGCAACGCCACCGGCGUCUACUCCGGCGUCUCCGCCCAGGGCCAGGGCGGCCUUAACACCACCCACGGCCGCGGCGUCCAGCAGACCGACUCCGACGGCGUCGUCGAGUUCGACACCAUCUUCCCGGGCCACUACACCGGCCGCGCCACGCACAUCCACAUCAUGUCCACCGACGGCGCCGAGAUCCUGCCCAACAGCACCUUCGAGGGCGGCACCGCGCGCAACAUUGGCCAGAUCUUCUUCGACCAGAGCAUCAUCUCCGAGGUCGAGCUCCUCGAGCCCUACGCCAGCAACCGUCAGACCCUCACCACCAAUCUCCAGGACGGCAUCGCCGCCGGCGAGGCUACGGCUGAGUUUGACCCCUUCCUCAAGUACGUCAAGCUCGGCGACGACCUCCAGGAUGGUCUCCUCAUGUGGAUCACCAUCGGCAUCGACUCCACCGCGGACUACAACGACCAGGUCAGCGCUGCUGCGCACUACUACGAGGGUGGUGGUGUCGACCAGAGCGGUGGCGGCGGCGGCCCCGGCGGACCUGGCGGACCUGGAGGACCUCCUCCCGGCUUCUCGUCUACCGCCGCUCCCUCUGCUACUUCCGCUUAA